GAUUAAGCCGCAGCUUCUCGUUGCCUACGAAGAGAUUCUGUGAUUCCAGUGUGCAGUGCGCGAGUUUCAACUGUUUGUUCGUGUAAUGCGGGAUACCUAGGUGGCAGGCUGGUUUUGCUGAUUCCGCGGAUUUCGGAUUCAAGUAGAUUACUGAUAGGAUAGAAAAGAAAGACCCGAAAUGUCGACGUUGGAGAGAAAAGAGUACCAAGAAACCAAGAUAAUGCGAACCUUGUCCCCCGUUCGCUCCACUUACAGCUCCAAUCAAAAUGUAUCACAAUUCGAUAAUAAUUUAGAUCAUUUGCUGGAGGAUCUUCAGAACUCAGUUUCGCGGCCGGGCAGCUCCUUGGGGCACACCACCAACUACAAGGACAGCUCGAGAUCGGUGAGUGCUCUCGAUGCAGGACGAACCAAUUCGCUCAGCAGGAUUACCAACUUGAAAUCCGCCAAUCCUGCUACCGAGUAUUCGUCGGAUGACGCCUACAGCUACAAGAGUCCGGAUGGCAGACAACAGAUCAGCGGAUACAAAAAAGAAAAGUACAUCUACAAGACCAGUGGGGAUGUGGUUCCAGAAAAAACGAGAAUGCAGAGCAGCAUCAACCAACUGGACACCCUAUUAGAUGACUUGCAGCAGGCCAAGAAAUCCUCAUUUACAGAAAAAGAAUCGUAUAAUGGGGCUGGCGUGGAUCCAGAAUUACAAUCUGUAUACUCGAAACAGAACGUGAAUAGAGAACUCCACUAUGGAGACUCCCCUAUUAGUCAUAGUUCAAGGAACCAGACUAUCGAAAGAAACGAACGAGAAGGGUCUAUCAGGAGAGACGUCCAAUAUACCAGCGAAGGUUCCUACAUGGACAGCUUGCAGCGUCGACGAACCACUUCCCCCACCCCCAAGACUGCCACCCUGACGAAACGCAACGUGCGCGAGUACCCCGCAGAAGUGCUCGAAACCACCCCCGGUACCAUCGAUCCCGAAGUGCUCGCCCAUCUGGACCCCAACUUGCGUCCCCCCGGCAACACCAAGGUCACCACCACUAUCAAGACCUACACCUACGAGAUCCCCGGCUCCCCCACUGGGGGAGAAUUCUCUCCCUCUUCGGCGAACGUUCCAGGUGUGGAGGAGAAGUACGUGUACUCUCCCAAUAGGAGCGGCUCCAUGCCCAGCCAGAGUUUCGUUUACAGCAGCAGGGCGGAGGAUAAGGAGAAUUUGGUGUACCAGCAGGAAGGGUACCAGAAGCCUUAUCAGAAGCCCAGUCCGCCAGGUGGAGUAGUGGUGAAGGAGACCGUGACGACACGCAACUACCAGCCCGGCUACAGGGCGGACAACAAUCCUCCGACCACCAACCAGACCUACUUCUACAACGAGAGCUCGACCACCAAGAACGUUUUGCAAAACGGCCAUCCGCAGCCACCGCCCAUGCCGAGGCAGGACACCUACAUCGUCAAAGACUCGACCACCACUACCACCAAUAUCAACAAGACCGACCAUCAUAGAAAUUAUCCUCCAUCUGAUGAUUACCCGCCACACAAGGCAGGUUAUUCCCCCAACAAUGAUCCUGGAUGGAAGAAGACCUAUGUUAUCAAAGAAACUCACAAUACCAUCAACAAAACAGAACCUCCUUUUUCCGAAAGAGGUUACCCUGUGUAUAAUCCGCCAGACAACAACAGGGGCAACCCUCCGCACACGACGUACGUCAUCAAAGAGAGCCACAACACGACGACCAACCACCAACGCGCCGUCAGCCCGCCCCCGCCCUCCCAGCAGAAUGGCUCCCACCCCCAUCAACCUGGGAAGACAAUGGUCUACCGCCACGAGAGCCACACCACCAACAACUACGAGCCCCCCAGGCAGACGGGCAACAGGCCUAGAACUCCCGAUGAGGUCGAGACUUUCGAUCCCAGAGGGCGCCACCCACCUGCACAUGGAUAUGAACCAAAUGAGCCAAUAAAUAUUCACUAUUCAUACAAAUCGACAAACACGACGCAGAACAGGUUUGGAGGAGCCUAUCCACCAAAUGAGGAGAACCAACCUUUGCUGCCUGGAAAAUUUCCUAACAGUGAAAUAACUGAUGGACCCCCGAAAAAGCUGGAUGAACUCAUGGCUACAAUAGGACAUGAGCCUCCCAACAGCCCCCUGAAUGCAGGAUUCACGGCUCAUGAGCAAGAUUUAGCUCACCAGAAGAAGAUCGAUACGCUUAAGAAGCAGUCGUCCGAGGCCGACGAUGCACAAAGGAAGGAACAAAUUGCCAAAACCAAGAACGUGUCUGGGCCAGCUGUCUACUACCCUCCCGGAGAAAUGUUCGUUAAGAAGGAGGAAGGAGAAGCCGCCUGGAGAGCACAGGGUGGCUAUGCAAAGGCAUCCGGAAAAUACCAAUAUGAAGCAGAAAGCAAAAGCAAGAUGAAAAGCAGCAGUGGGGCCACUGUCGUCCCGGUUUGCUUACCAUUGUGUUGUGGACUGCCUUGUGUGUUGUUAUAAAAAAAUAUCGUUUAUUUUAUACUGUAUAACCGUGACAUAGAUCUGAUAAUUAUUCUGGUAUCUCUAUUGAAAGUUGAUCACUAUCAUAUCAAAAAGUGAAAGAAACCGUCAUCUAUAAACACUUUCAAAUAACAUUUCAGUAAUAUAAUAUGGAUAGUAUUUGAUUCUCAAUGAUCAGUUGAGAAGUGUAAUUUGACCAAGUAUUGUUCACCUUUUGGCAAACUGAAACUGUGUACACAUUUUCAGAAUGAAUAACUAUUUGUUAUUAAUUUGGAAUUUGUCUAAAAAUGUUGGGCAUAGCUGUUCAAUUACUGAGCAAAUUACUAAAAGAAUUCUCAAGUGCCU